AUGAUUUCAGUACUGCUUUUACUACUUUAUCUUUUAGCGUUCACCAAUGCAUACUUGCGAAUGGAUCUUUCCAAGGUGUCAGAGUCAGAUACUCAGCACUCUAAAAGAGAUGCAGUGAACGGAAAAGUUUCCAAUAGAAAUUCCUUUUAUACAGCCCAGUUCAAAGUUGGGUCAAGGAGAGAUGAAGUUGAGGUGUUUCUUCAUUCUCAGUUGAAUGGAUUGUGGUUCCCUUACUCAAGGUGUGACAGGCCUAGUUCCAUUUAUGAUGAUUUAACACGCAGAAAUACAAUUGAUCUGUCGGAAUGCUAUGAUUAUGGAACCUUUAACCCUAAGAACCUGACCACAUUUAGACUCUCUGAGAAGUAUUUCGAAGUAUUUUGGGAUUACUAUACUGCAAUUGGAUACUUAGGAACAGAUGUGGUCGAAUUCGGAGAUACUUCUUCAAAUAUUACAUUUGGUGUGGGAUAUUAUGCUAGAACGAUUGGUCAACUUGGUUUGGGUUUCCAGUAUGACUCAACACAAUCUAACUUUACUAGCUUUGGGGAUCAGUUGGUCAAAGAUGGCGUUAUAUCGCGAAAUGCUUAUUCACUUCAAUUGGGUGCAAACAAUGCCUCUGAUGGUGUCCUAAUGUAUGGAGCUGUGGAUCACGGCAGAUAUCACGGCACCCUUCAAAAAAUGAAAAUGGUCAAUACUAGUGCAGAUGGACAAUUUGAUGCGAUACUGAUCAACUUCGAUGGCAUUCUGUACUCAGGUGGUUGGAAUUCAUCAAACUGUUCUGUUAACAUUGAUAUCGCAAGAGCUGGGCUGCGCCUUCCCAGUCCUGUUGUUCUGAAAUUAGCAGAAUUGCUCCAUGGUUUUUAUUAUUACAUCGACACAUCCUCUUAUCAAGUUCCUUGUUUCAAUUUGGAACUGAGAGAUGUAAUUCGCUUUUACUUCAGUGGGGUUGAGCUUCAAGUGCCAGUGAGAGAUUUGGUGACUCAAAGUUAUUCAAGAUGCUGGCUUUCAAUAGGCGAAAGGAAACAAGGACCAUACUUCAUUGGCCAGGACAUCUUGAAAAGUGCUUACCUAGUUGUUGAUUUAGAGGGUAGAGAAGUUGCGAUGGCACAAGCAAAUGCUAUUUCUAACGGUGAAAACAUUGAGGAAAUCGGAACCGAUAUCCCACUGGCAUCGGAAGCUCCAUUAUAUUCAUAUAGUGAGGGUCAAGACAAAUACUACACGACUCACUCUCGAGGAUAUACCAUCACUCAAAGAGUUUCGGCGAGUGCUGAGAAUCAUGCCACCUACUCAAUGGACACUAGUCCCUUGACACUAGACGGAGGUGGAACAAAAUACGUUCAAUCUGCUACAGAAGAGUACUGGCCAACUGAAAAAACGGUUGUGACCACAGAGACUGGGUCUAUUCCUAAGUAUAUUUCCUCUAAGGUUAAGGCAACAGGAACCUAUACUCACACUACCACAGAUGACCUGGGGUAG